GACCAAGAGAGCAACAAGCUCUUACAAAAGCAAACGCUGUUGGACCGCGCCAACUUCUCGGUGACGGUGGCGGUGACGGUGGCGCAGUGGCAGUGGCAAUAGGUUGAAUCGGCGGGCAGCAGCGAGGCAGCUUCAAGGCCGAACCGUCCAGGAUGAAGCUGGUCGUGUACAACCUCGAGGCCGAGCCCGUGGAGUUGCAGGUCGAUGGGCAGGACACCUGUCAGCAGCUACUAGUGAGGCUUUCAAAGCUUGGCCUGGCUCAAGAUGACUGCCAACUCGUACCUCUCUCGGCUCCAAGUCGAGGCGUCAUUCCCUUGGACAGCGUUGCUGUCCAACACCAAACCCUCUCGCAGGCGGGCCUCCAAGACCAAGACCACUUGUCCAUCACUCCAAGUUUGAACUGGUCCCCCAAACCUGUGCCCGAGCCAAAGCCAAUCACGAGCAUGCAAAUGCGACGCUUCACCAUGUCGCUGACGGCCACGAAUCGUGGCAACCGAACGGGUCGCACCCUAAAGGCCCACAAACCCCGAUUUGGGGGGCAGGAACUCGACUUUCACGGCCAACUCAUGGCUGUCGUUUCGACCAUGCACAGUCUCGCCUGCCAGCUUCAGCAAGAGCUGGGUGUCUACACACCUGAAGAAGAUGCAACACCGGAAGAUGCCACUGACGAAGACGCCACUCCGUUUGACCCGCGCUCUACUGUCAACGAGGUGUGGUCUUGUGUUGGCUGCUAUCGCUCGCAUGUUUGCAUGAACGUGGAAGCGGCUCUGGUGUGGCUUCUGGAUACCGAAGCAGAUCCGUCAUUGGACCGCCCCAUCACCCCGCCUCCCAAGCCUGUCGUUCUGCGCUCUGGCCAGCGCUUUCAACCCGAUGCCGCCGCCUAUCAAAACCUCAUGGAGAUGGGCUUUUCCCAUGAUAAUGUCGUGGCCGCUUUACAACUCACGCGAAACAAUCGUCCCCAAGCGAUUCACCUCCUCCUCUCGGGAGCAGACCUGGAAGCCCAGGCAGAAGCACUGCAAAAUGUCAAAGCAGAACCAGACAACCCCAUCAUUCUCAAGAUCUUGGAUGAUCCUUUGGUGUUGGACUCUUUGCGUUUGCCGCGUCUACGAGAGGCCUUUGAGCAAAUUCUUCAGGAUGUGCAGACAGCGCCUGCUUUGCUCAACGACGGCCUUGUUGGCAGCGCUUUGAUCCGCAUUGUCAAACUGGUACAGUCAUAUGAGGAGGAGGAGGAGGAGGAGGAGGAAAUUCCCUCAGCAGCGGCUAGUACAGAGGAGCCCAUGCAAGUUGCCGAGGCUGACCAUCAUCAAACUGCAGGGGAAUUCACUUCUUCACCUCCUAUGCGGGAGCCGUCUCGCCGCUUUUUGCUGCGAUCCCCGACGGGUGAAGAGCCAGCCCACUUUUUUCCUUCUUCUGAUGAGGAGAGCGAUGACGCUGAGCGUUUUUGGGACAGUCUUGUUGACAGACAUGCCGAAGAGAGCUCUCCAUGGCAGCUUGCAUCCCCGGUUGACGAGGCCUUGGAUACGGAUGCAGAUGAGGAUGAUCAGAAUGCAGACCAUGAUGAGGGCAGAGACGUGGACAUGAGCUGAACUCUAUGCCUCCACCCGCAAAUCGACCUGUGCUUUCC